AUAACUAACCAUAUCACACAUCUUGAAAGAUAAUAUGAGGAUGGAGAAAAGGUUGUUACUUAUGGGAAUAUGGGUAAUGAUGGGCAUGGUCAAAAGUAAUGGUUCUGUUGGUGACAUAGUGACACAAGAAUUCUUCAAUGGUAUUAUUGAUGAAGCUGAUGAUAGCUGUGCUGGGAAGAAGUUCUACUCCAGAGAUGCAUUCCUCAGUGCCCUCAAUUCCUAUGAUCAGUUUGGUAACCUUGAUACUCUUGAUGACUCCAAGCGCGAGAUUGCUGCUGCUUUUGCUCAUUUCACCCACGAAACUGGACAUUUUUGCUACAUAGAAGAGAUAGAUGGUGCAUCAAGGGACUACUGUGAUGAAACAAACACAGAAUAUCCAUGCAACCCAAACAAAGGGUAUUAUGGGCGUGGCCCAAUUCAAAUAUCAUGGAACUUCAACUAUGGGCCUGCAGGGAAGAACAUUGGGUUUGAUGGGCUUAAUGCACCUGAGACUGUGGCCAAUGACCCUGUUGUGGCCUUCAAGACUGGACUAUGGUAUUGGAUGGAGAAUGUGAGACCUGUGGUUAGCCAAGGCUUUGGUGCAACCAUUCGAGCCAUCAAUGGUCAACUUGAGUGUGAUGGUGCUAACCCUACCACUGUUCAGGCUAGGGUUAAUUAUUACAAACAAUAUUGUUCACAAUUAGGUGUUGACCCUGGUGAUAAUCUUACUUGCUAGUUGCUUGUGACUACUUCUAAACUCAUCAUUAUUUAGGGUUAUAAAUUUGGAUAUCAUGUCAUACAUAUAUUUAUGUCAAUAAAUAUCUCACUCAUGAAUGAGAUCCUAUUUAGGAA